GCUUCAGGCUGAAAUGAAAGGACACGGCAGUAGUUCUAAACCAUAAGAAAGAAAAGUGAACGCUAGAAAAGGUAACGUCAUAGGCAAAUGUAAAAGGCACUAUUGCAGGCGCCUGGGUGGGUCAGUGAGUUAAUAAGUAUCCAACCUUUGGCUCAAGUCAUGAUCUCACAGUUCAUGAAUUUGAGCCCUGCAUCAGGUUCUCUGCUUUCCGUGUGGAGCCUGCUUCAGAUCCUUUGUCCCCCUCUUUCUGCCCCUCCCUGCUUGUGCACACACUCUCUCUAAAAAAUAAACAUUAAAAAAGCCAAUAUUGUACUUUUUAUUGGUUUAUAACUUCUGCUUUUCCUGUAUGAUUUAAGGCAAACAGACAAGAAAAUUAUAAAUCUAUGUCAAUGGUUAUAGUGUAUAACAAUGCAAUCUGUGACAAUUACAAAAGUAGGAGAGGGAUUUAAAAAGUAUAGAAACAGACUAUAUACUACUGAAACUAAGUGGAUUUUUACAAGUUUACUAUGUUAAUUUUAAUCCACAAGGUAAACACUAAGAAAAUACUAAAAGAAAAACUGAAAAGAGAAGAAAGAAAUAAAAGUGUGACACUACAAAAAAAAUCAGUAAAUAUAAAAAAAGGCAAGAAUGGAGGAACAAAAGACACAGACAACAAACAACUAAAUGGUAUAAGCAUUAAUGGCCUUCAGGGAUGUGGCUGUGGCCUUCACCCAGAAGGAGUGGAGGCUACUGAGUCCUGCUCAGAGGACCCUGUAUCGGGAUGUAAUGCUGGAGAACUACAGCCACUUGGUGUCGCUGGAACCAGGAACAGAAUUCCAGCCAUGUGUCCAUUCCUGCCCGGUGGCCUUUUCCAGUCCACAGUUCCUUCAACAGUACGUGCUGUGCGGUCACCUUCCUCAGAUCUUCCCAAGCUCAUAUGCAGGAAGCCCCAUCUCAACGGAAGCUCCAAGCUGCUCAAGUGAACAAGGAGAGGAGGAAGAGAUAGAAAGGAGACUUGAGCUGAGUGGGGUUUCCCGGGUGCUCUUCAGAUCCUCUCAGGGUCGGCCAGCAGACUGGGUAGAAGGCAAAAGAGCUGGGGGAGUGGACCAGGGGAUGUGUCCUGAAGAAGCAGACCUUUCAGCAUCUGGAGCAGCCAUGUGUGGGAAAUACAGACUGGGACUUGGUCCCAAAUCCAGUCUCUUAAGCCUCCAGAAACAUCACGUAUGUCCUGAAUGUGGCAGAGGCUUCUGCCAGAGGUCAGACCUCACCAAGCACCAAAGGACACACUCAGGAGAAAAGCCUUACAGCUGUAGGGAGUGCGGGCGAGGCUUUGGCCGCAAGUCCUCCCUCACCAUCCACCAGAGGAAACACUCAGGGGAGAAGCCUUAUGUGUGUCGGGAGUGUGGCCGCCACUUCAGGUACACGUCCUCACUUACCAACCACAAGAGGAUACACUCUGGGGAGAGGCCCUUCGAAUGUCAGGAAUGUGGGCGGGGCUUUCGCCAAAAGAUCGCCCUGAUCCUGCACCAGAGGACACACUUGGAGGAGAAGCCCUUUGUGUGUCCCGAGUGUGGGAGAGGCUUUUGCCAGAAGGCAUCGCUCCUCCAACACCGAAGCUCACAUUCCAGUGAAAGACCCUUCUUGUGCCUUGAGUGUGGGCGUGGUUUCAGGCAGCAGGCACUGCUCCUCAGUCACCAAGUCACACACUCAGGGGAGAAGCCUUAUAUCUGUGCUGAAUGUGGGCAUGGCUUUCGCCAGAAGGUCACCCUUGUCAGACACCAGAGGACACACACGGGGGAGAAGCCUUACCUGUGCCCUGAGUGUGGCCGCGGCUUUAGCCAGAAGGUCUCCCUCAUGGGACACCAGAGGACACAUACAGGGGAGAGGCCUUACCUGUGCCCUGAGUGUGGGCGUGGCUUUGGCCAGAAGGUUACCCUCAUCAGACACCAGAGGACACAUACAGGGGAGAAGCCUUACCUGUGCCCGGAGUGUGGACGUACCUUUGGCUUCAAGUCGCUGCUCACCAGACACCAGAGGACACACUCAGGGGAGGCGACUGAUGUGUACAGAGUGUGUGAGCAAGGACUGGGCCAGAAGUCUCACUUCACCUCUGACCAGAGGACACACUCAGGGGAGAAGCCGUGCGUGUGCAGUGAGUGUGGGCGUGGCUUCGGCUUCAGGUCGGCCCUCAUCAGACACCAGCGCACCCACUCAGGAGAGAAGCCGUAUGUGUGCAGGGAGUGUGGCCGAGGCUUCAGCCAGAAGUCUCACCUCCACAGACAUAGGAGGACCAAGUCUGGCCAUCGCCUCCCACCUCAAGAGCUGCUCUCCUGACCUUUCCUUUCCUCACGGUUGUGAAGAUAGCAGAAAGCACUAGGAAAUGUUCCACUUUCUUCAAAUGCAGUGGAGGGAAAAAAAAAUGUGUUUUCAAUGAUUGUAAGAUCAUUAAUUUAUGGUUUAUUUUCUGUACUAGCGAUGGUUUUGAUUUGCUAAAGCUGCCAUUAAAAAAACGCCACAAACUUGAUGGCUGAAGAACAGUUUUCACACAGUUCUUGGGACUGAAGUCCAGGAUCGAUGUGUGUACUUGGGUUUCUACUGAAGCCUCUCUCCUCAGCUGGCAGAUGCCUGCAUUCUUACUGUGUCCUCACAUGGCCUUUGUGCAUGCUCUUUCCUGGUGUCUGCCCCUCUUCUAAGGAUACCAGACUUACUAGGUUAGAGCCCCCAAUCUAUGACCAAAUAAGGUUGCAUUGGGGGGUUCUGGCUUCAAUGUAUGAAUUUGGAGUAAUUCAGUCCAUAAUAGUCCUCCAAACCCCCAA